AACCCACCUUCCGAAUACUACUAACCUAGUACCAAGUUGUACCUUGAACUCCCCUGCAAAAAAGAAAAAGUUGUACCUUGAACUGAGACCAAGGUAAUUUAGCCAGCUAUGGCGUCUGCUGAAACAGGAGGCGACAAGUACCGGUCGUUCAUGGACGGCGAGGGCGAGAAGAACACCGUGUGGAGGCAUGGAGUCCCUCCCAACUUCGACGUGGUGAACAAGCUCUUCGAGGAAGAGAGGACUAAGGAAUGGGCGGAGGGGAGUGUGGAAGAGAAGGUGCAGCGGUUGCUCAAGACAUGGGAGAUGGAGAUGUUCCACAAGUUGCGGCCCGAGGACCAGAAGAGCGUGCACUCCCAGGGAUUCACCAGCAGCACCAACGGGAUGAAGCCUCUGACCCGAAAGGAGUGGACCGCCAUCGGUGGCUACAACGCGUUCCUGGCAACCAAGCUGCCGCUGGAGCACCGCAUCUACGACCCGGACACAGAGACGUUCGACUCCGGCAUGGAGACGUUCCUCACGGCGUUCCCCCGGGGCUUCGCCAUCGAGGUGCUCGACGUCUACUGCACCGGCCCGCCCAGGGUGGCCUUCAAGUUCCGGCACUGGGGGUACAUGGAGGGGCCGUUCAAGGGCCACCCUCCUCACGGCCAGCGCGUGGAGUUGUUUGGCGUCUGCAUUUUCCAUGUUGAUGAGGAGAUGAAAGUGGAGAAGGCAGAGUACUUCUACGAGCGCGGCAACUUCCUCGCGAGCUUCUUGAGCACGCCUGCUGCUGCUGCAUCAGCUUCAGGUUGCCCUGUGAUGAGAGGAAACUAACUGAAGCACCAAAGAAAUUGAAGCAUAUAUGUUGCUAAUCAAUGCCCUGGAUGAUCACCUUCAUAUUUCAAUUUGGGCUUAUAUUCCAUUUCGUGACAUUACAAAUUUACAAUAUACAAUGUUAAAAUAAAGCAGUUUAUUUGUUCGG